AUGGAGGCCUCCGCCUCUGCCCGCAGAUCCGCCGCGGGCCCCGACCCCGGCGCCAAGAAGCCGCGCCUCGCGCAGCCGCCGCCGCCGUCGCGGGACCCCAGAUCUUACGCCUCCUCCAAUGGCGCCGCCAGCGCCGCCGAGCAAGCGCUGGUCGACGAGCUGCUCGGCCAGUACCGGACCGCGCUCGGGGAGCUCACCUUCAAUUCCAAGCCCAUCAUCACCAACCUCACCAUCAUCGCCGGCGAGAACCUCCAGGCCGCCAAGCCCAUCGCCGCCCUCAUCUGCGCCAACAUCCUCGAGGUUCCAAGUGAACAGAAACUACCAUCGCUAUAUCUACUUGACAGUAUUGUAAAAAAUAUUGGAAAAGAUUAUGUUAAACAUUUCUCAGCAAGAUUACCAGAGGUGUUCUGCAAGGCAUAUAAACAAGUAGAUCCUGCUAUACAUCAUAGCAUGAGGCACCUUUUUGGAACAUGGAAAGGAGUGUUUCCUCUACCUCCGCUCCAAAUGAUUGAGAAAGAACUUGGUUUUCAGUCAUCUGCCAAUGGAUCAUCGACUGCUGCACCAUCAAGGACUGAUUCUCAAUCCCCGCGCCCAUCCAAUAGCAUACAUGUAAAUCCAAAAUAUUUGGAAGCGAGACAGCAACUCAAUCAACCAACUAAGGGGAUACUUGGAAGUGGUGCUAAGACAGCUGUAAUUGCUGAUACAGGCGAUGACAUUGAGAGGGCUAACAGGCUAGGUACUGAUAGAAAUGCAGGGAGACGAUUAGAAGCUCCUAAUGCUAGACCUAACAUACAGCGCACUCAGAGGGACCCUUUUAGCAAUCCUGUUCAUGAAAAACAGGCAGGUAGAGAUGUGAGGGGCCUUGGAUUCUCCAACAUUUCACAGCAGGCUGCUGUGGGAACUGGUCAAGUUCGCUCAAAACCCAAAGGUCAAGAUGGAAUUGGGGGGCCUUAUUAUGCCUCUGGUGUUGGGUCUUCUGAAGAACAAUUUGACAGGCGCAGCAACUUUUAUGCAAGCAAGGAUGUUCGGCCAUCAGGAUCUGUACGUUUGGAUAGUGCACUUCUUCCAACUCCUUCAAUUAAUGCCGAUAGAGUUGGUAGGCCUUCAUCUAACAAAAGCUGGAAGCACUCUGAGGAAGAAGAAUAUGUUUGGGAUGAUGUACACUCUAAAGCAGCAGAAUAUGGUGGUAGCAAUAAUGUAAUAAAAGGAGAAUGGAUGUCUGAUGAUGGCAAUGCUAAGUUUUCAAGCCUCCAAAGGGCUAAAUGGGCAGAGGCAGGACCUGUGGAACUUAUAGAUCCUAACACACAUAAACUUGAUAAUGUGUCAAGAUUUGGACUUGCAGCAGGCCAAGAAAGAAGAAUUUCAGCAUACAUGGAUCAGGAAGAGUACCUUCUUGGCAAGCGUGAGGUGGAAGCAAGAAUUGAUAGGGAAAUUAGGCCUGAAGGACAACAGUUCCCACCACCUCGAGGUUCCUCUCUCUGGUUGUCCCAGGAAAAAACACUCCCAGACAUUGGGUUGGACCCUAGGAUAUCAAGGUUUUCAAAUCAGCCAGCAGAGAGGUCCACCAUUUAUACUGGCAGCAUGACAGCAAGUAUCACUUCAUCUGUACCUGUUGGGUUAUCAGGACACUAUGCUGGAAGGUCAAGCCUAGAUACUGCAAAUAGUGUGCCAAUAAGAUCAACUGAAGCUUUUGGGCAGCAGAAGCAUAGAUAUUGGUCAUCUUCCCCUCCACAAGCUCACUCACCUUCUUCUACUGCACCUUUUGCACGUCAGGGUUCUCCAAAUCCUGCUGAGUCUGAUUUUUAUCCUUCCAGAUCAUUUUCUCAAUUGGGCCAAAAUCCUCAAGAAGAAUAUAGCCAAAGAGCAUUGCCAGUACUUGCUAAAGAUUCUCAUGAACCUAAUCAACAGGCAUCCCUGCAGACACAAAAGUACCCUACCUUACAGUCAAAGUCACAUAUUAAGCCAUCUGAUCCAUUGCAGGCAAGUUUUCCGCGUGAAAAUUCUCCAUCGCUGUUCAGACCUUCCCAUCUUGGAGAAGUCUCUUUACCCAGUGAUUCCACCCCUAUAAGCUCAGAUCUGACAACUGCUAGUAAUUUGUUGGCUGGUCUCAUAAAGAGUGGGUUCAAACCAAAUAACCACAGUGAUGCACAACUUCUUGGUCCAAGUGGGUCACUUCCAGUGGCUUCUUUAUCACUUCAAAAUACUGCUGGUGAAAAUACCACUUUGCAUACACAGACACCAGACACUUCUCGUCCACCACUGCCACUGGGUCUGCCACCACCUCCAUCAACACAGAGUGCAGAGAAAGCUGCGCCGCUCUCGAGUCUUCUCAGUUCCCUGGUUGCAAAGGGAUUAAUCUCUUCGCCAGCCUCUGAUUCAUCCAAUGCUGUCCUAUCACAGCCAAAUAAAGCAUCAAGCAUGAAUGCUAAAGAUGUCACAGCUUCAGCUGUGCCUUUGCCGGCUCUGAAGCCUUCAGUUGGUAAGGUGUCAUCUAAUUCUGAUUCAUCUGCCCCAACAAACGCUUCGUUACCCAAAGCUAUCGAAACUAAGAUGGGUGACCUCAUUGGCCUGGAGUUCAAGCCAGAGAAACUUCGCAAGUACCAUGAGCACGUGAUUAGCAGCCUCUUUGAUGACCAAAGCUAUCAGUGUAAAACCUGUGGUAAUAGGUUCAGGCUUGAAGAAGAACUGAGCUUGCACACAUCAAGCUGUGGGCCAAGGGAGUCUGAUACUAUCUAUACUGGUAUCGCACCUAAAAGAUGGUACCCUAGCAAGAACAUUUACAUUGAUGGAUCACAUGAAAUUGAGGACAGCACUGAGGCAUCUGAUGGAGAUUUAGGUUCUACAGAAGAAGUGUGUGAGUUUAUGGUCCCUGCAGACGAGAGGCAAAGUAUCUGUGCACUAUGUGGGGAACCAUUUGAUGAUAUAUAUUCUUUUGAGACGGGGAACUGGAUGUACAAGGAUGCAGUGUUUUUGGAUUACCCCAAGGGAGAAAGCAGCUGUGGAAACAAUGUUGAGCCUGAAGAGCAUGUGCCCAUAGUCCAUGUAAGGUGCAUGCCAAGAGGCUCAAAUGAUGGCAUGGAGGUUGACUAG